AUGGCGAAACCUAAAGAAAAAAAGAUGCCAUCUUGGAAAGAUAUUACAGCUACUUUUGCUGCGGAUUCAACAAUACACGGUGUCAACAAAAUGGGUGCCAGGAACUUAUAUCCAGGAAGGAGAUUAUUAUGGCUGUUGCUAGUGCUGGCGGCAGUAUCAACACUAUCUGUCCUUCUUUAUCUGGAUCUGAUUCAUUACUAUGACCGACCAACGCUGAUCAAAGAAGUCUUCAGGUCCGCAAACGAAGGCGAUUUCCCGGCAGUGACCAUCUGUCCUUUGAAAGCAUUUCAAGGAAGGAUCGAGGAUCUCGAAGUUCUGCCCUACGCCCAAGACAUACUGCACGAGAUAAUGCAUGUAGAUUCCUAUUUGGCAGCAUCAGCCCUGACCCAUGUCCACCUGAAGUCGCAAGAGCCACCACCAACGAAUAUUUCCAGCUGGUACAGCGAUCCGAUCUCAGGGCAAGCUAUGGUCAACUGGACGAUGUCCAGCAAAGUCCUGACGCCGAUUGCCUGUCCCAGGUUCAAAGGCAUGCACGUCAUGGCCCUGCCUUGCUGUGGAGACAUCCUGGAGAAGGUCCUCACGGAGAUAGGAUCCUGCUACACGAUGAACAUGACUAAAGUGGCCAAACAUCGUUACCAUUCAGCAAAGAACAGGCGUCUGGUGAUAGUCUUCUCGCUCAAGUUGGAGGAUGAUCUUAAAAUCUUUUCAGCAAAUGGGAUACAGGUUAUAAUCCACGACCAGAGAGAGCCGCCAUUACCAACAAUGAGAGGAGAUUUUGUAGCAUUAAACACUGUCACCACAUUCCGAGUGGAAAAAACCCAGGACAGCCAUUCCCCAGCACGAUACACCCUCCCUACUUCAUCUGUAGGACUGCCAUUCCCCAGCACGAUACACCCGCCCUACUUCGUCUGCAGGACUGCCAUUCCCCAGCACGAUACUCCCUCCCUACUUCAUCUGCAGGACUGCCAUUCUGCAGGACUGCCAUUCCCCAGCACGAUACACCCUCCCUACUUCGUCUGUAGGACUGCCAUUCCCCAGCACGAUACACCCUCCCUACUUCGUCUGUAG